CUCUGCUUUAUCUCUAAAAUCGCAUUGUUGUAAGAAUGGCUUCUGGUUUCUUUGGCUCCAAGGUCUACGCCGUCGUUGGUGCAUCCGCUGACCCCUCAAAGUUUGGCAACCGCGUCCUGCGCUGGUACAUUGACCACAAUCUGCCGGUCAUCCCAAUCAACCCAAAGGCGACCGAAAUCGAGGGCAUCAAGUGCGCCAAGUCGCUCAGCGACAUGGACAUCGACCACUCGUCGGUUAGUGUCUCUGUCAUCACGCCGCCCAGGAUCACCGAGAGCAUCUUGAAGGAGGCUUCUGAGCUUGGCAUCAAGAACCUGUGGCUGCAGCCGGGCAGUGAGCCUGCAGGCUACGACCAGCUGGCCAAGGAGCUUAACGUCGAUGCCAUCGGCGGUGGCGCUUGCAUUUUGGUCGAGGGUCCUGACAUGGUGGCUGCGGCACGCAGUAGCAAGCUCUAGACGGGCUGCUUAAUGAUCUCUUCUUUCCAGAGUUUGUUGAUACUCUGAAAUACAACUUCAGGUUUAUACAGGUACAACUCUUUGCUGAGAUAGGACCGAGG